UGUAUCUGUCCAGAGUCUCUGCAAUGCCACUCGGACGAAAGUGGAGUAAUUCAUUCUAGUUCUAGAUUUAAGAUUUCUGAUUUUCCGUUGACCGUGGGAACUGGAUCAAAUAGAAUUUAUUUUUUUUUAAAUCUAAAAUUUAAGUCAAAUCCGACCGUCCAUCAUAAAAUCUUUGGUUUCUCCAUCUUCCUCCGCGCUACAUUUUAUCUCUCUUACUUUAGUUUGAAACUUUGAAUCCCUUAUCGAUAAAUGUCCCCUGUAAAUCUGGAUCAGGUUCCGUCAAUUAGGGCGCGCUAUGUUCUGUUUUAUUUUUCAUGCGUAACUAGUUUUCCUCUCUGCAAGCAAUGGUUUGAUUUUAGCCUUGCUUUUCUUUUUUGUUGGUUUCUGUUGGUGUCGCGUGCCGGGUAUUUUCUCUUGAUGGGUUUUCUAGGAACCUAGUUCUUGAGUUGGGUGUUAUUUUGAUUUUUUUUCUUUUUCUGGGUUUUUUGAAGUUAGGGUUCUGGUGAUGGGAAUUGGUGUAUUAGAGGUGCAUUUUGAGUAGAAUUUGAAGAUUGGGGGGGGGAGGUAUGGGAUCGGGUAGUAGUAAAGAUGCUGCAACGUCGGCGUUGCCGUCGUCGUCAAUGACUGUUCAGAGGACGAGAUCAAAGGGAGCUAGGGUUUUCCAGUCUUCGUGUCUCGGCCGAUCGUUUGGAUCUUACGACUGUGACAAUGACCAAGUGAGCUCUGAUGAUCGGAACAAAGACCAUGGGAGUUUGAGCAAUGGGCCAAGUAUAGUCCAAACUGGAACGGAGUCCAAUCGGGGGCGUGAUUGCUCUGGGAAGGUGAAGGCUCAACGGCAAGCAUCUAAUGAGGUGCCCUGUAUUUCCUCUGAUAAUGAACUUGAUGAAUGGGGUCAAGAGAGUACCUCUAGAUCUGUUAACGGCUCUAACCGAGUUGCCUCAAGUCGAUCCUUGAACCUUUCAAAUCGCAUCUGGUCUCGCUUUCGCUUCAUUCCUGGCAAUAUAAGCUUCAGGUUAAACAGAACAGCCAGCUUGGGGUCGUCAAGCUCUUAUCCUCUUUACUCCACAAGUCUCAGAAUUGCAAACAGUGAAGAAGGAUUUCAUGUACAUACUGGUCCAACCAAUAAUUCAGUUAACAGAAAUGAAAUUUAUGAAGGGGGUCACUUGCUUCCUGCAUGCAAUGCUGAUAGACCACCUGCAGCACGGCAUGAAGACUCUGGUGCUAUACAGUUAAACUCUUCGGCUUCUGGUUCAAUUUGUUUGCAGGAUGAUGACAUUAUUUCCGCCCGGGAUGUGGUUGAGAAUAAUGAGAAUACAAGAACUGGGGUUGGUGUCAAUGGGCGUUCUCUGAGGAACCGUGCAGAGAUAGAGGGCACUGAAACAAGACAGACUGACAGACGAAUUGGGGAUCGAGAACCAGUUGAAAGGAGUGUCCGGUUUAGCCGAGCACUAAGUGUUGGCAGGCUUCGUGACAGGGUUCUUCGCAGAUCCUCAUUCUCUGAUGGAUUGUUUGGUCAUUUGCAAGAAGACAGAGGAGUGCGAGAUUCUAGUCAGGGGAGUGGGAGACAGGUCUGGAAUGGUGUGACUAGAACAUCAGCCUCCGAAGGGAAUUCUGAAACAUCCACAACUUCAUCCAAUUAUCCACUUCCCAAUACAUCAAGCUCCAUUGUAACCAUAAAUAAUGAGGUGGAGCCCUCACGACCAAGAGACACCAGAUAUCAUGAUAUUUUGGAGCAUAGAACAGAUUUCCUUGAGAGGAGAAGAAGAAUAAGAUCACAGGUCCGUGCACUUCAACGGUUAGGUAGUCGCUUUGAAAAUUUAUCUGGACAUGAGAGGUCAUGUAUUUUGGCUGGUCAACAUCGAACAGGUCGUUGUUCGUGCAGAACAAAUGGCCGGACAACCAAUCCAGAUGAUGACAACAGUGCCAGAGCUAGCAUCUCAAGAAUUGUUAUGUUAGCAGAAGCAUUAUUUGAGGUUCUGGAUGAAAUUCACCAGCAAUCUGUAGUCUUGUCCUCCCGACCUUCUGUAUCUUCAAUUGGAUCUGUUCCUGCGCCAAAGGAAGUUGUGGAAUCCAUACCUGUUAAGAUAUACAUGAAGUCACAAAAACAUUUGAAUGAAGAGGCUGCACAAUGUUAUAUAUGCCUUGUGGAGUAUGAGGAAGGGGAUAGCAUGCGAAUAUUACCUUGCCAUCAUGAAUUUCAUCAGACAUGCAUAGACAAGUGGCUGAAGGAGAUUCACAGGGUAUGUCCACUUUGUCGUGGUGAUGUUUGCAGAUCCAACUAAAUGCCUUCGUUAAACAAAGAAUUGAGGCAAAAAAUGACCCAUGUGCUGCUCUCGCCAUGAUUGAUGUGAUCGUGGGCUUACCUAAUGUUCUUUGAAGACCAUUACUAUUGAUGGGUGAACAACUUUCUGUCUCUUUGGAGAGUGAUGAUUCUAUUUGCAGUGCUUUAGAAGUUUAGUCUAUUUCUGCCCAAGGCAUCGCCAUUACAUCCCCUUGUUUGCUCUCUCGAUGGAUAAAAGCAGCCCAGGUAGAAAUGAACCGAACAACAUCGUACCGCUGAUUCAUUCACCUUCGGAGCUUAGAGGAGCAUGUGAUGAGAAGGAAAUUCAUUGUCAUUUUUAAGAAAUGAAGUGUCAUUCAACCGGCUCUCAUUUUAUCCAAAUGUGUUAGUAACUUUGAUUUCCUUUUGGUGUAUUUGAUUGUCAUUCAUUUCUUGUUAAUGAUAAGAAAAGAAAAUGUCAUUCAUGUCA